UAUCUCUCUAUUUCAAUGUUUCAAAACCUGUAUUUGACUUGUUUGGGUUCUUCUGGUACAUGCACCAAACAACACAUUAACUGCAAGACAGUGUACUCAUUAUGAAUUCCGGGCAAAAGGAUUUUCUAUAAUAAAAGACUUUGGAUUUUGAUUGAUUUAUUGAGUGUCCUAUAGAAUGUCGAUCAACAAGACUUGGAUUAAUAAUUCAAAUAAAUUUUCUGAUGAGUAUGUUGCUGGAGCGUUUGCAUUUGUUGAGAGAGCUCAACAAUUUGUGGAUACAAGGGGACUAGUGAAGUGUCCUUGUAACAAGUGUCUUAAUAUCGAAUUGCAAACGAUUGGUGUGCUAGAAAGUCAUCUUUUUGAGAAUGGUUUUCUACGAAGUUAUACAAAUUGGUACUGGCAUGGAGAGGAGGAAAUAAUACCGACCAAUAGAGUAGUCCACCAAUGUCACGAGGACGAGAUGAUGGAUGUUCUUAAUGAUAUAGCACAACCUAACAAUUGUGAAGAUGAUGAGAAUGAGGUUGAUGAUGAGAUACCACCAGCAUCAGAAUGCAGAGGUACUAGCCAAUACUAUAAUGACUUAUUUGCCGAGAUGGAGUCUCCGUUAUUCCCAGGGUGUGAAAAAUACACAUCUUUGAAUUUCGUAGCUAAGUUGAUGCAUUUCAAAGUGUUGGGGAAAAUUCCUAACAAAAUUUUUGAUGGAAUCUUGGAGUUGUUAGAAGAUGCAUUCCCAUCUCCAAAUAAGAUACCAAAGUCACAUUAUGCGGCGAAGAGGUUGAUGAGGAAAUUGGGUUUGGGUUACGAGUCAAUCCAUGUUUGUAAGCAUGAUUGUGCAUUGUUUUGGAAGGAAAAUGCUGGAAAACACAAGUGUCCAAUUUGUGGGGAGGAUCGUUGGGUGGAUAAAAAUACCAAGGGGAAGAAAGUGCCCCAAAAAGUUAUGCGUUAUUUUCCAUUGACCCCUCGGUUGAUGCGAAAAUAUGCAUCAAGGCACAUUUCUCAACAUAUGAGAUGGCAUCAUGAAGGGCGUGUUAAAGAAGAUGGUAUCAUGCGUCAUCCUGCAGAUGGGAAAGCAUGGAAGGAUUUUGAUCGUAGCAAUCCAGCGUUUGCAAUGGAACCUAGGAAUGUGCGCCUUGGAUUGGCUGCUGAUGGAUUCAAUCCUUUUGGAAAUAUGAGUUUGUCUUAUAGCAUGUGGCCGGUUGUGUUAACGACUUACAACUUGCCACCGUGGUUAUGCAUGAAAGAGACUAACUUUAUGUUGACUUUAUUAAUUCCUGGUCCACAUUCACCUGGAAAAGAUUUUGAUGUUUUCUUAAGGCCAUUGGUUGAUGAGUUGAAGGAAUUAUGGGUGAACGGUGUUCAGACUCGGGAUGUUGUUGAUGGUAGUUUUUUUAAGCUUCGAGCAAAUUUACAUGAUCAUUAG